CAUCCUUUCGGGGUCGAUAAAUUAAGUACCAGCUGCGUACUGGAUUAGACUAAUCGACUAGCCCCUCCACCAAAACUUCGGGCCUUGCGCCUAGAGUAGAAAAGAAUAUUUGUCAUCGAAACUGCGGCUGGAGACAUAAAGUUAGCUUCAUUUGUUCAUUGUGAUUAGGAUUUUAUUGUUGAAAAUGUGGCGUUAUUUCAAUGUUGAUGCAGAAUAAUGUCGAUAAAAUAUUGGUAAACCCCAUUCUAACAACCAGAUGUUUGCUUUUGUAGUUAGGUGAAAACGUAUAACGCCCUGAUUCACUGUUUACAUCUGAAAACGAAUACACGAUGGCAUCAGCAUCAUGGAUCAUCACUAUUUAUCAUCUUUGAAAGAUUAUAGUAAAACGUCAUACUGUUUUCAGUAUGAGAAAUAUUUCUUGUGGGAGUGACAUUUCUUUACUUCAUUGCCUAGAAUAUGUACAAAAUGAUUUUCAUGUCCCAGUUAAAUUUGCAAAAAUUACCAAAGAACAUUACAGUCCUCUGAUGCCAACAGAGAUAAAAGUUGAUGGAAAUAUUGCUGUUGACAGCUUUUGAUUAAUGCUGUAAUAAGUAGAGAAAAUAUCUGAAUAUAAUUGCCCUGAGAACUUAAAAUAUAGAAGAAUGAGUUUCCCUGAAGAAUUGCCAAAAACGACUGGAGAACCAUCAUACCACUGUGAUAUCUGUAAAAAGUCGUUCUCUCUGAAAGGUAACCUUGCUACUCAUAAAUGUAUUGACAAAGAAGAGAAAGCAGAGAAACGAUAUCAUUGUGAUAUCUGUGGUAAAUCUUUCACUGUAAAACUUUAUUUAACAGAACAUAGACAUAUACAUACAGGAGAGAGACCACACAACUGUGAUAUUUGUGGUAAAUCAUUUGCUCGAAUACGCACAUUAGUUACUCACAAACAUCUCCAUACUGGUAAAAAACCGUACAGCUGUAAUAUCUGUGGUAAAUCAUUCUCUCUAAGAAGUCACUUAGCUGAGCACACACGUACUCAUACAGGUGAAAAACCACAUCACUGUAAUAUCUGUGGAAAAUCAUUCUCUCAUGCUUAUGGCCUAACCCGACACAUACGUAGCCACACAGGAGAGAAGCCAUAUCAGUGUAAUGUUUGUUAUGAAUCAUUCUCUGAUAGAGGUAACUUGACUAAACACAAAUACAUUCAUACAGGAGAGAAAUCAUAUCACUGUGAUAUCUGUGGUAAAUCAUUUUUUCAAAAAGUUCAUUUAAAUUCUCACAGACGUACUCAUACAGGAGAGAAACCAUAUCAAUGUGAUAUUUGUGGAAAAUCAUUUUCUGAAUCAAGCCAAGUAACGUUACACAAGAGACGUAUGCAUACUGGUGAGAAACCCUACCCAUGCAGUUCCUGUAGUAAAUGUUUCGCUGACAGAAGUGGGUUAAGUAUUCACAAACGUAAACAUAGAACAGAGAAACCAUAUCACUGACAUCUGUGGUAAAUAAUUCAAUUAUGGACAUAGGUUUAACUGAAUUAGAGGUUACAUAGGUUUAAUUAUAGGAUACAUAGGUUUAACUGAAUUAUGGACAUAGGUUUAACAUAUUCAUUCAGGUAAAGAACCAUAUCUGUGAUAUCUAUGGUAAAUCAUCCACUGAUGGAAGUGAAUUAACUGCUCAAAAAUCUAUUUAUACAAGAGAAGAGCCAUGUCACAGAUGUCUAUUGUAAUUUCAUUCUGUGUACAUUCUUGCCUUAUAUGGUGCAUAGGUUUUUAUACUCAUAGUCAUACAAGCGAGAAGCUCUAUCAUUGUUAGAUCUGUGAUAAAUCAUUUUCUUAAACAGCUCAUUUAACAAUUCAUAAAUGUAUUUAUACUGGCUGAGCUGAGACCCCCUUCAUUCAUGACUGACCAUGAGAUUGCACCUCUCCUCUCUACACUACUGAUGUUAUCCAAGGGAAAGGCAAAGGGGCCGAUACAGCUUGGCACCUGUGACAUCACAACUCAUUUCUAUAGCUGAGUAAACUGGAGCAAUGUAAAAUAAAAUGUCUUGCUCAACAACAUGCAGCCUGGUCCGGGAUUUGAACUCACAACUUCGCGAUCGUAUGCUCGACGCUCUAACCACUGAGCCAUGCGCCUUCACAUUUAUACUGGAGGAAAGCUAUAUUACUGUAAUAUCUGUGGUGUAUCAUUUUCUCUAAAUAGUGGUUUAACUAGAAAUAGUUAUGUCCAUUCUGAAGAAAGACUAUAUCAUAGCAAUGUAAGUGGCAAAUCAUUCUCUGUAACAAAUGACUCAUCUACUUAGAAAUACACUCUGUGCAGUGGGUGGCAAAUGGAGAGAGAGACACUGCACUCUACUCUUACAAGCAACAUAACAACUUCUGGCUCCACAAUAUAAUACAUGCAGUACAAUGUGAAAUUGAUGGUAAUAAGUAGGGUAUCCAGUCAUUAAAACCAUGACCCCAUAAAUGGAAUAUAGAAGUUGGACUAUUUUUCCCUGACUCAUCUAAGACAUGGAAUGGAUCCUUUUCUCUUUUUUUUUCUUUUGUGGAAGUAAUAAUAAAUGAUUGAGUAUUU